AUGGCUGCUCCGACCAGCUUUUGGCGAGCAUCUUACUACGCCAGUGAUGAUAGUAGUGAAGAUGAACUACAGAAAUCUUUUGGUGCACAAGCCAGUCGAGAGAGUUUGCAGUUAGGAUUACUAUUUCAAGGGAAAGAUCUGUAUCAUGAAAUUGAUGAAGUUUACCGUCUCUACCAGCAAGGAUUGCUGACUAUUGACGAAUUGAAGCUAGUUUAUCUGGAAUUAAAAUCAAAGUAUGAAAAUUUUGUACUCGAUUAUUCGCAGAAUAAGCAGUACCAUAUUCAGGCAAGAUUUAUCCAUGAUGUAGCAACUCCUAUUACAUCUGAAGAUACUGAUGUCGAUAUCGAGGUUGCUGAAUUAAAGCAGAAGUUGGUACACAUCUUUACUGAGAUUGAUAGAUCACAAACCUUAGCAGAUAGGCGAACUAAUCAUGACGAUGAUAAUGAUGAUAAUUAUUCAGUAGAACUAAGCUCUCAUGAUAGUUCUGAAGGUAGUGAAUACGAAGAGAAGAUUCAACAAGCAAUUAAAGCUUUAAGUGAUGACUCGUCAGGAAUAUCCGAAGAAAUACCUACUAGUAAAGAUGAUGAAGAAACUAGCCGUAUUAAACAGUCCAGUGAUCACGACAUGAAUGCUGAAAAUAACCAAAAUCAGGAUUAUCAAACUAAUAGCUAUGAGAGAGAAUCUCCUCUUAAUAAUCAACAAAUUACAUCUGCCGAUGAAGAUAGAAAAUAUGGAAGCUCUGAGCAAUCAAUUCAAUCUGAUAAAACAGUAAAACCUUUUGACCAGCAAAGCAUGAGUAAAGACACUGAAUCUCAGGAGCAUCAAGUAAUCAAAUAUCGUGAUUCUACGCUAAUUAACUGCCAAACAGACGAAGAAAAUAAUGCUAGUUCUCAAAAUGAUAUAAAGUCGAAUACAUCCACGCAAAAAUUAGAGGCAAAUUCACCAGAAUCUGCUACUGAGGAAAGUUUCAAGAAUGAAGACGAAAAUAAAGAUCCUGUACCUGCAGUAAUACAUGAAGUAGAGAGUCAGACAGAUCAAAAUUCGCAAAUUAAUGCCGAUACUAUAGCAUUAGAGAUAAAAGAAAGAAAUGAGUCUGUUUCCUCUUCUAAAUCUGAAGAUGUAACCACUUUGCAUGAUGGAAGUGCCAGUAUACCGGGAACUUUAGGCCAAGCAAGUAACGUGGUAGAUGAUGAUCAAAAUCGAUACACAAAGUUACCUAUUCCUUCUCCUUCAUCACCCUCCGAUGACGCUCAUAACCUUAAUAUCAGUGUAGUUCAACAUUCUUUACAAAGUGACAGAAAUGGUCUGGUAAUUGAUGACCACGGGUAUGAAGACGACCAUGUUGAUAUUCAAUCCGUCCAUAUUAAUAAUGAUGAUGAUAAUAUUGCAUUCUAUCGAAAAGUAAAAGACCGUUGGUCUGAUAUUUCGUUAGACGAUAGCAGCAUUAUUACGGAUAUUGUGUGGAAUGCUACUGAUGGCAUCAGUAAUCCGAAUGAUCUGAUUCAAAUAAAUAAUCAAGCUGAAGAUAAUGAAGUAGUAGAUCAGUCUGUACUGCGACAGGAAAUGCGUUAUUUACGCGAUGAUUUAAGAUUAAACGAUGAUUUUACUCAUGAUAUAGAAAAUAAUCAUCACAGAAUGAAAUCGCUUAACAGUAAUUUGAUAUCAAUGGAGAAGGAGCGAACAAAUAGGUUUGAAUUAAGUGAUGGCGAUCAAUAUCAUUUUAACUACCAAGAAGUUCGUCAGCCAUAUGCUCGAAGACCGCUUGACUCGACUGAAGUUAUGAUUGAUGAUAGAAGUAUUACAAAGGAGAAUCGCGAGAGCAAGUUAUUAAGCGACCAAUAUAUUACUAGCUACAAAUAUCAUCGUAAUGAUGAUCCUAGCUUUCUAGAUUCGAUAGAUUUAGCAUCAGAAGAUGUUGAUCAAGCGGAAUUAAUGAGCGAGCACUUACCUGAUUUCUCUGAUCCAGCAUUAUUAGCGAGAGAUAUUAUAGCUAGACAGAUGGAUGGUAGUAAUAUUGAAAUUGGCUAUGAUAGCUUUUCGAAACCCAAUGAUAAUCAUAAGAUUUUAGCAGAAAGUAGUUACUUGCUAGAUGUUUCUAAUAGACCAUCCCCUCCUUCAAAUUUCCCACAUCGUAAUGCAGAUAUCACCAAGAGUCAUGAGUACGGUGAUGAAAUCCAUUAUAAUCUAUUGGAAAAUGAAAAGAUCGCGAAAGAUCAGGAUAUAGAAUCUAUUAAUGCAGAUAUUGGAAAUAGACGGAAUCUCGCAAACUAUCAUAUCGAUGAGAAUAACAAUUUUAAUGAAUCACAGACAAUUAACAAAAAUCGUAAUGGAGUCGAUCAACGGAAUGAAGAAAAAUAUCAAUAUUCUCGUUCAAGCUCUUCUAACUUUUAUCGAUCUGAUCCUUCAGUUUCAUCUUCUAUCAAUGAAUCAACUAGCCUGUCCGAUGAUGUAAAUACAGUUAGCUCUUCCAACAACAAUUUAUAUGCUAGUAAUUAUAGAAGCCAAGACAAGUCAUUGUGGCGUUCAAGUCCUCUUUUAAAUAUAAAAACAAAGUAUAUUAAUGAUUUAAUUGAAGAAUUGUACCUUAGCGAUUAUAGCGAUUCCGAUGAUGAUUAUUAUCGUUGGAGCCAUCGAAGAAGUAAAAAACAUGCAAAAUCUUGGCAACAUCGAUCAAGAAAUAAACAUUCUCGUCAUUCCUCUAACUCAACUGAUCAUAAAUUAAUGCUUGAUAAUGAUUAUAAUUAUAGCACAUCAAAGGAUGCAUUAGACGAUGACAAUCCUAUUCAUCAUCUAGAUUAUAGUCAUAAACAUGAAUUGGAUGAAUACAAUUAUACCUUAGAUCGGGGCGAGCUAUCACAAGAUCAUCAAGUUGCUAAAUUAACAUCAAGUUCAUCCCGCCUUGAAAGAGAAAUUGCUAGCUUAAAAUUAGAUAUCGAAGAGAUGAAAAGAAAUCUAUUUUGGAGUUAA